AUGGCGGGGCAACUUCGAAGUGCGCUACGCGUGUCAUCGCAGCUUAGACUCGGCUCGGCUCGGCUGUUUUCGUCGCAAGCGUGCCUUCGUAAGGAGAUUCGGGAUGCCUACAUUUUGAGCGCUGCCAGGACACCAACAGCAAAGUUCAAUGGGUCGUACGUCAAUGUUCCUGGCCCGGAACUCGGUGCUGUUGCCAUCAAGGCCGCUCUCGAGAAGUCCAAGGUGCCCGUCUCCAAGAUUACCGAUGUCUACAUGGGAAACGUUCUCCAAGGCUCCGUUGGGCAGGCCCCGGCGCGGCAAGCAUCCAUCUUUGCCGGCCUCCCGCCGAGUAUUGAAGCUAUCACCAUCAACAAGGUGUGCGCCUCCGGGCUGAAGGCCGUGGUAUUCGCGGCACAGAAUAUCCAACUAGGCUUGUCAGAAGCCCAGGUUGCGGGAGGUUUCGAGAACAUGUCGAGGGUGCCGUACUACGUGCCGCGUGCAAGCGGCAUGCCCGCCUUUGGGCACGUGAAGAUGGAGGACGGGCUCAUCAAGGACGGUCUGACCGACGUCUACGAUCAGUUCCACAUGGGCAACUGCGCCGAGAACACGGUCAAGAAGUACGGAAUCACGAGAGAAGAGCAGGAUCAGUACGCCAUCCAGUCGUACGAGCGGGCGCAGGCCGCAUGGAAGACGAACGCGUUUGCCGAUGAGAUCGCCCCGGUUACGGUGAAGGGCAAGAAAGGCGACACAGUUAUAACCACAGAUGAGGGAUACCUCGAUAUCAAGCUUGACAAGGUGCCCACGCUUAAGCCGGCAUUCGUUCGCGACGGCACUGGUACCGUGACAGCUGCGAACUCAUCUACGCUCAACGAUGGCGCUAGCGCGCUCGUCAUCGGCAGCAAGGCAGUUGCGCAGGAGUAUGGCACGGGCUCAAGGGUUCUCGCACGCAUUUGCAGUUCGGCCGAUGCCGCUGUAGACCCUAUCGACUUUCCCAUUGCCCCUGCGAAGGCGAUACCCAUUGCCCUGGAGCGGGCUGGCAUCACCAAGGAACAAGUCGCCGUGUGGGAGAUCAAUGAGGCCUUUGCCGCCGUCAUUAAAGCAAACGAGAAGAUUCUGGGCCUAGAGGGGGCGAGGAUGAACCCUCUGGGUGGAGCCAUCGCGCUUGGCCACGCCCUCGGCAGCUCGGGAUCACGGAUUCUGGUAACGUUGCUACAUCAACUGAAGCCCGGAGAGUACGGUGUCGCUGCAAUCUGCAACGGCGGAGGAGCAGCGUCAGCGAUGGUGGUGCAGAGGAUUGAGUCUGUAUGA